CCAUCUUCUUGUGAAGCUUCUCAAGAUUCUCGCGAUCGCAUGCCUUUACCCUUCCUCUCUCUCUUUCUCUCUCUGGUCAUCUUACUAAACUACCUCCAAUGCCGGUGCCAAUGGCGGCAGCUCAGUUCCUCUAGCUAGUCUCCCACCGUAAUUAGCAAACCCGGAGAAAAAAAGGGAACAUUCGACGCCACCCCGUGAUGAGGCCUUCGCCACCUUUGCUCCUGUUCGUGCUCCUGCACUUCGCGCUCCUGUCCACCAUUGCCGCCGCCGAUGGGAAUGGGAAUGGGAAUGGGAACGGCGACCUGCGCGGCGACGCGAUGGCGCUGCUCGCCCUCAAGGCCGCGCUCGGCUGCCGGCCGGGCGCGCUGCGGUCGUGGUCGGAGGGCAAUGCCGGGUCCGUGUGCGCGUGGACGGGCGUCCGGUGCGCGGCCGGACGCGUUGUCGCCGUCGACAUCGCCAACAUGAACGUGUCCAGCGGCGCGCCCGUCUCGGCACGGGUGACGGGGCUCAGCGCGCUCGAGACCAUCUCGCUCGCCGGGAACGGCAUCGUGGGCGCCGUCGCCGCGUCGUCGCUCCCGGCGCUGCGCCACGUCAACGUGUCGGGGAACCAGCUCGGCGGCGGCCUCGACGGCUGGGACUUCGCGUCGCUGCCCGGCCUCGAGGUGCUGGACGCCUACGACAACAACUUCUCGGCUCCGCUCCCGCUCGGCGUCGCCGCGCUCCCGAGGCUCCGCUACCUGGACCUCGGCGGCAACUACUUCACGGGCGAGAUCCCGGCGGCGUACGGCGCGAUGCCCGCGGUGGAGUACCUGUCCCUUAACGGCAACAACCUGCAAGGCCGCAUCCCACCGGAGCUCGGCAACCUCACCACCCUCCGGGAGCUCUACCUCGGUUACUACAACGUGUUCGACGGCGGCAUCCCCCCGGCGCUUGGCCGGUUGCGCAGCCUCACCGUGCUGGACGUCUCCAACUGCGGCCUCACGGGGCGCGUCCCCGCGGAGCUUGGCGCGCUCGCCUCCAUCGAGACGCUCUUCCUCCACACCAACCAACUCUCCGCGCCCAUCCCGCCGGAGCUCGGCAACCUCACGUCGCUCACCGCGCUGGACCUCUCCAACAAUGCGCUCACCGGCGAGGUCCCUCGCUCGCUGGCGUCCCUCACCUCGCUCAAGUUGCUCAACCUGUUCCUGAACCGGCUCCACGGACCGGUGCCCGACUUCAUCGCCGCGCUGCCGCGUCUGGAGACGGUGCAGCUGUUCAUGAACAACCUCACCGGCCGCGUCCCCGCAGGGCUCGGCGCCAACGCCGCGCUCCGGCUCGUCGACCUGUCCUCGAACCGCCUCACCGGCGUCAUCCCGGAGGCGCUGUGCGCGUCCGGCGAUCUCCACACGGUCAUCCUCAUGAACAAUUUCCUCUUCGGGCCCAUCCCCGGCUCGUUCGGCUCGUGCACGAGCCUCACCCGCGUCCGGCUCGGCCAGAACUACCUCAACGGCAGCAUCCCCGCCGGCCUGCUGUACCUGCCGCGGCUGAGCCUGCUGGAGCUCCACAACAACCUGCUCUCAGGCGCCGUGCCGUCGAACCCGAGCCCGAGCGCGUCCAGUUCGCAGCUGGCGCAGCUCAACCUGUCCAACAACCUGCUGGCGGGGCCGCUGCCGAGCACGCUGGCCAACCUCACCGCGCUGCAGACGCUGCUUGCGAGCAACAACCGGAUCGGCGGCGCCGUGCCGCCGGAGGUCGGGGAGCUCCGGCGGCUCGUGAAGCUCGACCUCAGCGGCAACGAGCUGUCGGGGCCGAUUCCCGGGGCGGUCGGGCAGUGCGGCGAGCUGACGUAUCUCGAUCUCAGCAGGAACAACCUGUCCGGGGCGAUCCCAGAGGCGAUCGCGGGCGUCCGGGUGCUGAAUUACCUCAACCUGUCGCGGAACGCGCUGGAGGACGCGAUCCCGACGGCGAUCGGGGCCAUGAGCAGCCUGACGGCGGCGGACUUCUCGUACAACGACCUGUCAGGGCAGCUCCCGGACACGGGGCAGCUGGGGUACAUGAACGCGACGGCGUUCGCGGGCAACCCGAGGCUGUGCGGCUCUGUGGUGAGCCGGCCGUGCAACUACACGGGAGGAGGCGGAGUCGCGGGCGCGGCGACGACGCGGCUCGGCGGGCUGAAGCUGGUGCUUGCGCUGGGACUGCUCGCCUGCUCGGUUGUGUUCGCCGUGGCGGCCGUGCUCCGGGCGCGGUCGUUCCGCGUGGACGUCGGCGCGGGCAGGUGGCGGUUGACGGCGUUCCACAAGGUGGACUUUGGCGUGGCGGAGGUGAUCGAGUGCAUGAAGGACGGCAACGUGGUGGGCCGCGGCGGCGCCGGGGUGGUGUACGCGGGGCGCACCCGGUCGGGCGGCGCGAUCGCGGUGAAGCGGCUGCAGGCCCAGGGCGGCGCCGGCGCGCAGCAGGGCGACGACCGCGGGUUCCGCGCGGAGGUCCGGACGCUCGGCAGCAUCCGGCACCGGAACAUCGUGCGCCUGCUGGCCUUCUGCACGAACCGGGAGGCGAACGUGCUGGUGUACGAGUACAUGGGCGGCGGCAGCCUCGGGGUGGUGCUGCACGGCAAGGGCGGCGCGUUCCUGGCGUGGGAGCGGCGGUACCGGAUCGCGCUGGAGGCGGCGCGCGGGCUGUGCUACCUCCACCACGACUGCACGCCCAUGAUCGUGCACCGGGACGUCAAGUCCAACAACAUCCUCCUCGGCGACAACCUGGAGGCCCGCGUCGCGGACUUCGGCCUCGCCAAGUUCCUCCGGUGCGGCGCCACCUCCGAGUCCAUGUCCGCCGUCGCUGGAUCCUACGGCUACAUCGCCCCUGAGUACGCGUACACGCUGCGGGUGGACGAGAAGAGCGACGUGUACAGCUACGGCGUGGUCCUGCUGGAGCUCAUCACGGGCCGCCGCCCCGUGGGGGACUUCGGGGAAGGUGUGGACAUCGUGCAGUGGGCGAAGCGGGCCACGGCCGGCCGCCGGGAGGCCGUGCCGGGGAUCGUGGACCGCCGGCUCGUCGGCGGCGCGCCGGCCGACGAGGUGGCGCACCUAUUCUUCGUCUCCAUGCUCUGCGUGCAGGACAAUAGCGUGGAGCGCCCCACCAUGCGCGAGGUGGUGCAGAUGCUCGCCGAGCUCCCGCGCCACGAGUCGUCGCCGUCCACCUCCUCCUCCUCCUCGUCGUCGUCGGCGGUGGAACCGCCACCACCGCAGGCCGGCGAGGAGAGCAGCCCCGACGACGGGAAGGAGCCGCCGGCCAACUGCUACAAGCUGUUCCCGGACCUGCUGGCCUGAUAAACUGAAGCGCAGACGACGGAACCUAUUUUGCUGCCAUUGUUACAAGACACAAGGCUACUACUCAAUCGUCGUGCAGGGCUAAAGUUACAGCAUGUAGUGCAGAAUGGAGCUAGACGUUCAACAGGUUGGUCGGCCGACAUUGGAAAUGGUGACAAGAUAGAGCUGGGAAUCAAUAACAUGUAACUUUUUUUUGUCUUUCUUCUUCUUCUUCUAUCUCCUCUCCGAAUUAUUUUCUUUUUGUUCAUCUAUCAAUUCAAAGCUGUAUAGGGUCUGAUCAUAUGCUACCGCCUAUCUAGGGGAUUAUGCUGUCCGAGAUGCAGUAGCAUCCCUUCCAUCAUCAUAGCUUUCGCACUUUUGUAAUCUCCUGGUAAUCUUUAGCCA